GUCCUCCCGCGCGCCUCCUGCCAGCGCGGGUGAUGCUGCCAUGCCGCGCGGCCACACCGGCGAAGAGGGCGCCGGCUCCGGGCUCUGGCUGAACAACGCCGCCGGGCGCCGGGCGCAGGGCUACACACCGAGGGAUGUGGAGUCCGGACCGAGGAGCACGAUGAAGAAGGCAGCUGGGCUCGGGGAGUUGCCUGCGGCGGCGUCAGGUGCGGAGCGGAAGCAGGGCGCCCGCCUCAGUCUGCUGGGCAAGCCGCUGGCGUACAGCGCGCAGGGCGGCCGCAGGAACGCGCGGUACCGGUGGCUCCAGAACUACCUCUACAACGUCCUGGAGAGACCCAGGGAGUGGGCGUUCAUCUACCACGCGUUUGUGUUCAUCCUGGUGUUCGGAUGUCUGGUUCUCUCUGUGUUCUCCACCAUUCCGACGCACCAGGAGUUUUCCUCUCACUGCCUGCUCAUCCUGGAGUUUGUGAUGAUCGUGGUGUUUGGGCUGGAGUACAUCAUCAGGAUAUGGAGCGCCGGCUGCUGCUGUCGCUACCGAGGCUGGCAGGGCCGCCUCCGCUUCGCCAGGAAACCCUUCUGUGUCAUCGACAUCAUCGUGCUCAUCGCCUCUGUCGCCGUGGUUUCGGCCGGCAGCCAGGGGAACAUAUUUGCCACGUCAGCUUUGCGAAGUUUGCGCUUCCUCCAGAUCCUGCGAAUGGUGCGAAUGGACCGGCGAGGAGGAACGUGGAAGCUGCUGGGCUCGGUGGUCUACGCUCACAGUAAGGAGCUGGUGACAGCCUGGUACAUUGGAUUCUUGGUUCUCAUCUUCUCGUCGUUCCUGGUCUAUCUGGCUGAGAAAGAAUUCAACAAGGACUUUGCCACCUAUGCGGACGCCCUGUGGUGGGGAACGAUCACCCUGACGACGAUUGGUUAUGGAGACAAGACGCCGCAGACGUGGAUGGGCCGCUUGCUGUCCGCUGGAUUUGCUCUGUUAGGGAUCUCCUUCUUCGCCCUGCCGGCUGGUAUUCUGGGCUCCGGCUUCGCCCUGAAGGUGCAGGAGCAGCAUCGACAGAAGCACUUUGAGAAGAGGAGGAAUCCAGCCGCCAGUCUCAUCCAGGCGGCUUGGCGUCUGUACUCCACCGACAGGGCUCGUCCCUACCUCAGCGCCACCUGGCACCACUACCAAAGUGCCCUCUCCCCUCUCAGUCAGAAGUUGAGCUUCAAAGAGCGCGUUCGGAUGGCGAGCCCCCGUGGUCAGAGCAUGAAGAGCCGUCAGACCUCCACCAACGACCGCCAGCGCUCGUCCCCGGCCAUGGAAGCGGGCAGCGCCUCCGAGCUGAUGAGCAGCAGCCCAGCCAAGGUGCAGAAGAGCUGGAGCUUCAACGACCGCACCAGAUUCAGACCCUCGCUGAGGCUGAAGAGCCAGACUCGCGCCGCCGUGGCUGACGAGGAUUCCAUGGACGAGAGAGGGUGCCACUGUGACGUGACGGUGGAGGAUCUCUCUGCUCCGCUGAAGGCCGUCAUCAGAGCCGUCAGGAUCAUGAAGUUCCACGUGGCGAAGAAGAAGUUCAAGGAGACUCUGCGUCCCUAUGAUGUGAAGGACGUGAUCGAGCAGUAUUCUGCAGGACACCUGGACAUGCUGUGUCGCAUCAAGAGUCUGCAGACCAGGGUGGAUCAGAUCCUGGGAAAAGGCCAGAUUCCUGUGGAUAAGAAGCUGAGGGAGAAGCUGCUCCCUGACGUGGACUCUCACGAGGGCAUGAGCAUGUUGGGCCGCGUGUGUAAAGUGGAGCGGCAGGUCUCCUCCAUCGAGUCCAAGCUGGACACCAUCCUGGACGUGUACCGCCAGGCUCUGCAGACGGGCUCCUCCCUGCCGCUGCUCCAGCUGCAGACCCCUCCUCAGGGGGGCGAUCUGGUGGGCGGAGACAGCAACCCCCGAGGCCUGCGGCUGAUCCUGGCGCCCGCCGACGACGAUGGCGCCCCGGACUCGGCGCCGCCCUCCUACCCCCCGUCCACAGCCUCGCUCUCCCCCUCUCCCCUGCUGCCCCCGGACAGUCCCUACUCCACCCUGGUCUCGCCUGAGGGAUCCACCAAGAGAGGCCACUACCCAGACCUGCCGCCUGCGUCAGCAGGGUUCACCCUGCAGCUGCCCCCCAUGCUUCACCCGUCUCAGCUCAGAUUCCACGCCGAUCCUGUCCCUGAUAGCCAUGUGGCCAGCGGGGGGGGGCUGGGGCCGCCGCCGGUGGUGGUGCGGGCGAUGGAGGACUUCCCUCCGCCCGGCGUGCAGCUCCGCGACAGGUCAGGCUUGAAGUCAGAGGGUGGCGUCCUGAGGAAGCACCUGAGUCUGGAGGUCAACCCGCUGCUCCUGCUGUCCCCCCACUCCGACAGGAGGCCGUCCAACUGGGACGGGAGUCUGGGCAAGUCCAUCUCCCUGCAUGACCUGAGCCAGGCUCCCAGCGCGGCGGGCGUCUCCUCGCCGCUCAGCCACAGCUGCAGCAGCCACGGCAGCGAGCGCACGCAGGUCCACUUCAGCCCCUGGGACCACAGGGAACUCUUCAUUAGCGAGUGCAAGUCCACCGAGGAGCCGCUGCACUUCCUGUCCCCGGGGCCCGAGGAGCAGCUCCUCCAGACUGUGGAGGAGGCGGCACCUCUGUCCCGAGAAGAUUUCCUCAGUCAGCCGCCGCAUAUACGACUGACAUAGCGACACGUCGGAGACUCCUCCUGCAGAAGCCACUCGUUUUUACUGAACAUUGACAGUCUCUGUUGCCAAUGUGCCAUGCAGUGCUUUUUAUACACCCGCUUCACUUUGUUGAGGAACUUUUCUUGCUCCGCCUCCAUCACAACGCCGGUAAGAGUCGAGCCGCCGCAGACCAAAGAUGUGUGGUCCGUAAACAAGUGCGUCAGCUGAGUGGGAGACCUCAGCAGCCUCUCCUGCCUUCAGCUGGACCUCUUGACGCUCUGCCUCCUGAGUCUGUGCCUGUGGUGCGAGAGGGAAGGUCGCCUGGCGUGCAGGGGGAGGAGUUUCCACUGUUGUUUGUUUUGACUAGUCGGCAUCAACGUUAGCAAGUGUUAGCUCCUCUGCUCCAUCGGUCUCUGAGCUUGACUGAGGACAUUGCAGUGCCAAAGGAAGCCACAAAAGCCAGCAAACCUCCCGAAGACCUCCAGAACAAAGUGAGAUGAGGUUCAUCUGGGGAGAGAGCAGAGCCACCGCUGGGGCUGCCGGCGGGGGAAGUGACAUGUUGGAGGCGACAGUUGUUGCCUCCAACACAGAUGACUUCCCCAGUAGAUGCGCUACACUUCUCUGGUCCACCAUCUUGACUCUCCCCUCUCUUUAGCCCCACCCCCAGACUUUUUUAGUGUCACUUUGGAGGGUGGAAACCUGUGACAUCAUCACGUUGGGUGUGAACUAGCGGUCUGGCAACGAUGGGACACGGCAGCUCCUCUAUUUGAGUUGUGAGGUCCAAACAACACGUGUUUACCAAAACAGCAGCUCGGAAUGUUGGAGCUCUGCCUCCUGAGCUGCCUCAGAGUCAGAGUCAGAAGAAGUGAGCGCAUGAGAGCAUGUAGUUGUGAGUUCUGGUCCGCAUGUCGUGAGCCGGAUCAAAGUUGAGAUUGACCCUUGACCCCACCACCACUGGACAAAACCCCAUCACAGUCAACACCCCCACUGAUCUGGCCUCCUGACCAGUGCCCGGUGAGCCUCCUUUAGUUCCUAGUUUGGCAGGCGGGGUCCUCUUCGGACCCCCAGUCGAGUGCCUCUCCUCUCACACUCGCGGCGCCACACAGAAAGAGCCGAGGAACCCCCUGUCUCCAGUAUGUUUGCGGUCCAUUAGCCGUGGAUAUGAACGGAAACCCAAAGCUGAAGCAGACGUCCUGAUUUUGAAAGGGCUCGGACCCGACCUGAAGCUGAGCUGUUGCAUGUUUCCGGUGUUUGCUUCGUGAGACAAGUCUUUGCUGCUGCAUGUUUUGAUGCUGGGUCCACAGAACAGCAUGCAGAGUGCAGCUUUCUCCGAGUCCCAGGUUAAUGCGUGGUGGCACAGGCCUGGUCAUGUGACAUGGCUGCCAGUCAAAGCCCACGAGUGAAGGUGAGGCCGGUCUGCUGCUUCUCAGCGCUGACACCUGUUGCUCAGUGUGGCCCCUGUGGCACGGUCACAGGUGCUCGCGCUCGUGUGUUACCUGCUGAGGCAGCUGGUCAUCGUUCAUGCUGGAACACUUCGAUUCACCGUCUUCAGUCCAGCUUCCUUCUCCACUGUGGGAGGAGUAGCAGCGACCUAACUUAAUCUAAUCUAAUCUAAUCUGAAAGUUAUCGGGCAGCACAGUCUUAAGUAGAGUGAUUUGACUUUUUCUGUGUCAUUUGGAACUGUGUCUUUAUGAAUCAAAGUGUUUGAAAGUCACCACAGUCUUAAAUGCUGAUUUGCAUCAAGUGUUUUUUUUAAAGCUUCACCCCCAAAUUGACAGCACAAUCGUGACACGUGAGAUUAACUCGUCCUCCCACUGUUGUAGUCUUCAGGCGAGAGUUGAGCUGUUUAAGGAGCCUUGAGACACAUCCCACCUAAAGCCAGGCCCCAGUGAGCUGGACGACCCUCUGACCCGCUGAGAAGAGCCAGUUAUGCUCCCGAUUAUGGUUUCAGCUCCGGUCAUUUUGCUUCAGCCACAUACUUUAUAUAUAUAUAUAUAAUCCACGUUUUAUUUGUUAAACGGAUCAUCGUUCGACGUCUCUGCCUGGACUGCGACGUGUGACACGACCGGCCUUAAAGCUCAAGAGAAUGAACAGGAUUGUUUCUUUUGGAAUUAAUUUAUUAAAGAUAUACAUGAUAUUCUCUGGAUGAGAAAUGCAACAAUGAUUUUUUUUUGUUAUUCAUUA